UUCUCAUUCUCAGGCUACACCCCGUUCGGCAAACAACCUUUUUUUCUUUGGAGUUUCUCAAAAUUUUCUAAAUUAAAAAAAAGGGUUUCUACCACAUAAAAAAAAAAUGUCUUGCAGAAGAUCUUUUGGACCCGGACCUGGUGCCUACGAUCUGCCCAGUAUGUUUGGUGCCAAUUGCGACAAGAGGAUGCAGAGAGGUCCUGCUUUUAGUUUUGGAACGUGUUCGAGACCCUGCAAUACAACGACGAGGAAAGUUGAAGGACCUGGUCCAGCUGCCUAUGAUCUGGGCAAUGUAACGCGAUAUGGUCGGCCUGGGCAAAAUGAUUUUAACAUAUUCAGUCCGCUCAAUCGUCGUUAAGAAAAAGUGAAGGAACGUGUUCAAAUAUACAAAGUUAUAUGGUCUAAA